AUGCAUAACGCCCUGCUUUGCCUUGGAAAAAGACGGGUUCUUCUUCUCUGCAUUGUGCUUGUCUCUGCCUUUGCCUUCGUUUCUGCUGCUGCUGCUGCUGCUGAGGAUGCCCUGGCGCAGAGGCGAAGGGAGAGGUGUGGGAUGCUAACGGAUUGCGUGAUCAUCAGCGCACCGGGGGCGCAACUAACGGUGGAUGAACUGAAGAUGCAGGAGGACACUCCUGAUACCGUCCUGGCGCGUCUUCCAAGCUGGUUUGGCGGCCAGCGUCCCUUCACCCUGCUCCUCAAUGGGAAGAAGCUGAACGGGUCUGCCACACUUUCCAGUCAGGGUGUGGAAGUUGGGUCCACUCUCUCACUGUUGUCGUCUGCCGCUUCGGUGGAGCAGGGUGAACUGUGA